UUCUUUUUUUUUUUUUUUUUCUGGACCAGUGAUUAAACUGAAUGAUGCUUAAUCACUGAGCAAUAUCCCCACCUCUUGUUUAUUUUAUUUUAAAAUUUUUUUAGAUGUUGAUGAACAUUUAUUUUAUUCAUUUAUUUUUUACGUGGUGCGGAGAAUUGAACCCAGUGCCUCACACAUGAGCCCCCCAGCCCAGACCUCUUUUUUAUCUUUUGAGACAGGGUCUCUAACUUGUUGCUGAGGCUGGUUUUGAACUUGGGAUUCUCCUGCCUCAUCCUUGUAGGAGCGGCUGGGAUUACAGGUGUGCACCACCAUGCUUGGAGAAAAACACAUUCUUGCCUAGGUUCCCCCAGCAGGAGUGAUUUAAGUCUGUCAUUCCCUGUGUCAGUCAGGCAGAGAAGCAGGUGGGGGGGGAAGUGUGGGAGGAGAAAAGGGAGGCGGAUCCCUCAGAGAAGGGAAGCAGCCUCAGCGCCUGCCCCACCCAGAUGUGCAGCCUGCUCUCAGGGACACCAGGAGGCAGCAGGUUCAGGUACUUUGGGAACCCUGGAGCCGAACUGAGCCAUGACACAGCCGUUGGAGCCCCUGGAGAGGGCCUGGUGUGAGAAGACUUGGAGUUAUCUGUGAGAAAACCUUUGGAGAACACCCCCCCACCACCACAGGGACGCUCUUGGCUCCUGUAAGGAAGAGGCUCUGGGGCCUAGGCCCUUCUGCCUGGGCAGCAGACGGCUGGGCUGCAGCUAUGGACCGUGAGCUGGCCCAGCCCGUGUCCUUGCUAAGCCUGCCCGUCUGCAGCCGCUCCCACCAUGGGCUCCUCAGUAUACAUCACAGUGGAGCUGGCCAUUGCUAUGCUGGCUGUCCUGGGCAACGUGCUGGUCUGCUGGGCCGUGUGGAUCAACAGCAACCUGCAGAACGUCACCAACUUCUUUGUGGUAUCGCUGGCGGCAGCUGACAUCGCAGUUGGUGUACUCGCCAUCCCAUUUGCCAUCACCAUCAGCACGGGGUUCUGCGCUGCUUGCCAUGGCUGCCUCUUCUUCGCCUGCUUCCUCCUGGUCCUCACACAGAGCUCUAUCUUCAGCCUUCUGGCCAUUGCCAUUGACCGCUACAUCGCCAUUCGCAUCCCACUUCGGUACAAUGGCUUGGUGACUGGCAUGAGGGCCAAGGGCAUCAUUGCAAUCUGCUGGGUGCUGUCAUUUGCAAUCGGCCUGACGCCCAUGCUGGGCUGGAACAACUGCAAUCAGCCAAAGGAGGGCAAGAAUCACUCUCAGGACUGCGGCGAGGGCCAGGUGACCUGUCUCUUUGAGGAUGUGGUGCCCAUGAACUACAUGGUAUAUUACAACUUCUUCGCUUUUGUGCUGGUGCCCCUGCUGCUCAUGCUGGGCAUCUACUUGCGAAUCUUCCUGGCGGCCCGGCGACAGCUGAAACAGAUGGAGAGUCAGCCCCUGCCAGGGGAGCGGGCUCGGUCCACACUGCAGAAGGAAGUCCAUGCUGCCAAGUCACUGGCCAUCAUUGUGGGUCUCUUCGCCCUCUGCUGGCUGCCCCUGCAUAUUAUCAACUGCUUUACCUUUUUCUGCCCCCAAUGCAGCCAUGCCCCUCCCUGGCUUAUGUACCUGGCUAUUGUCCUCUCCCACAGUAAUUCUGUUGUUAAUCCUUUCAUCUAUGCCUACCGCAUCCGCGAGUUCCGCCAGACCUUCCGCAAGAUCAUUCGCAGCCAUGUCUUGAGGCAGCGGGAACCCUUCAAGGCAGGGGGCUCCAGUGCCCGGGCCUUGGCAGCUCAUAGCACAGAGGGAGAGCAGGUUAGCCUCCGCCUCAAUGGCCACCCCCCAGGGGUGUGGGCAAAUGGCAGCGCACCCCAUCCUGAGCGGCGGCCGAAUGGUUAUGCCUUGGGGCUGGUGAGUGGAGGGAAUGCCAAAGGGUUCCACGGGGAUACCAGCCUUGCAGACGUGGAGCUCCUUAGCCGUGAGCACAAGGGAGCAUGCCCAGAGUCCCCUGGCCUAGAGGACCCCCUGGCCCAGGGCGGAGCAGGAGUGUCCUGAUGGUGCACGGAGUUUGCCCCUUCCGGAGAGAAGGAAAUCUUAAUCUUUCUGGUUGGCUGGACCAGUCGCGUUGGGAGAAGAGAAGAAUGAGUGUGCUGGGAGACCCAUCGGGCAUCUGAUUCACUUUGGACUGAGUGAAGGGAGCCCCAAGCUGGAGCAGCAUGAGUCCCAGCAAAAAGGGGUUAGGGUCCAAGGAAGCAGAUGUUUCAUGCUGUCAGGCCCUAUCCGAGGCCAGGGCCACAGCACCAGCAGCAUCUUGGCUGGGGAGGGCCCAGUCCCCCACUCCAUGAAGUAUCUAAAAGCCCCAAUUUGUCUGCAGAGAAACUGUGAUCUGAGGCUGGGGAAUGCCUUCAACAGACCUCCUGCCACACACCACCCUUGGCAGACUUUCUAGGGCUCCGGGAGCUGCUGGACCAGAGGUGGAAGUUGACUCCCCACCCCCAGGAGAAGAUCUCGUGCAAGGAAAUCCUAUUUUAUUAUCUUUCCCUCCCUGGCUUCUAGGCCUGUUGUCCAUCCUGCUGCUAACCUGGCACCAGGAGUUUGCCCAGGGAAUUGGGCAGCCCUCUCCUGCUGCCACAAACUGCCAUGCACUUAGUCCCAGGGCCAACUCUUGAGGUGACAAAGCUGGGCUGGAGGACAGACAGUUGUAACGGGAACAGUGCCAGGGCAUAGACUCAGGCCCCAGGGGAGAGGUCAGGGCUUGCAGGCCAAGGACCUGUGCCUGGGCAGCUCAGAGCUGCCCAAUUAGAGGCCCUGUCUAACUGCCUUUACUUCUAAAGGGAAAUUUUUUUUUUUUCUGAGAUAAAAUAAAAAUGAGCCACAUUGUGUUUUAAGCUUGUCCAAUGAAAAUGGUGUCUGAGUUCCUUUCCCCACUCCAUAGCCAGGCCUGGUAAACACAUAUGGGUGUGGUGAUUAUGUGAGAGAGUGUGUGUGUAUGUGCAUACAGACAGAAGAUACACCGCCUGCCCUCAGGGCCUCCCCAGGCUCCUGUCAUCCCAAGUGACAGCAUGCCGAUUGCCCCAGAAUCUAAAUGUCCAUGGGGGCUCCCAGACUUGCAUUCCUGUAAAAGUCCUCCUCAUUCCCUGCAGGCAGUGUAGGAGGAGGGGCUCUUUGCCCAACUGCUUCUUUCCUAGGGUCAGUGACCCCUCCAGCCCUAGGCAUUCAUGGUGAGGGACCUGGUUUCUCCCUCCCUUGUUAACUUCCUAACACCCUGGGAGGAAAAUCUCUGUUAUCUUCUCAGAUCUAGGUUCCCCACUCCCAACCCCUGCUCCACUCCUCAGCUGAGUGGCCACAGAGUAUCUGAAUAGAACAGAUCUGGCUACAACUAAAUUGCCUUCUCCUUCUAAGGAAACCCUAAGGUCUUACUCCCAGGCUGGCUUCUGGGGCUCCCUGCCUGAAGGGGCAAUGCUGUCCUCCUGUAAUGAUCAAGUCUGUCUGUAGUUGGCAGGGAGCUGUGAUUGUUUCCUGAAGAGCUCUGAGGGCCAGUUUGACCUCACUGAGGCUGGGACUCAGGAAAGAAGUGAGAAUUUCAUGGGUAAUAUUAGGAGCCCCA